AUGGCGCACAAUGCACAUGGCGAGAGGCCUGUCUCUUCACAGGAGAAGGUUGCCGUCAACCAGAUGGAACACGUCUUGACAACCGACGACCCUGCUCUGAUGAAGCAGCCCGUGAUUGAGAAGGUAGACGAGUUCGGUGCCCAUACAAAGACAGACCCGAAAGAGAUCGCCCUUGUGAAGAAGAUUGACUGGUACAUUCUGCCUAUUCUAUGGUUGAUGUACUUCCUCAACUUCCUCGACAGGAAUGCGAUGAUUAACGGCAAACUCAAUAAUUUGGACGACGACCUAGGCCUCAAAGGCAAGCAGUACAAUACCUGCGUUUCCAUCCUUUUCGUCGGAUACCUUGUCGGCCAAGUCCCUUCCAACAUGAUUCUCAACCGGGUUCGUCCCUCGUAUUACAUGGCUGGUUUCAUGAUGGCUUGGUCUGUUGUGAGUCUAUUGACCUACAAGUGCCAUGACUUCGGGACGAUGCUGGGUUGCCGCUUUCUGCUCGGAGUCACCGAAGCCCCUUUCUACCCUGGUGCGCUCUACAUGCUUAGCAUGUUCUACACCAGAAAGGAAGUCUCAACCCGCAUGGCUAUCUUCUACACCGGCAACAUGGCAGCCAGUGCUUUUUCUGGGCUCAUUGCAGCUCCAAUCUUCUCGGGAAUGUCAGGUGUAAGGGGUCUCGCUGGGUGGCAAUGGCUCUUCAUUAUCCAGGGAGCCGUCUCCAUUCUCGUCGCAAUUUUUGCCUUCUUUCUCUUGCCCGAUAGCCCCCUCAAGACCCGCUGGUUGACCGAGGAGGAGCGUCAGCUUGCACACACCCGAAUCUACAACGAUACCACGGAUCGUCGCGAGGGUACUAGCGUCUGGACGGGUCUUCGGGAGGCCUGCGCUGAUUGGCGGACGUGGGUCUUCUGUCUCAUGGACAACCUCCACCUCUCCGCGAACGGAUUCAAGAACUUUUUGCCUACUGUUGUCAAGACGCUUGGUUACAGCACCACCGUCAGUCUCGUGCUGACCUGCCCGCCCUACGUCUUCUCCGCGUUCUUCUCUGUUCUGGUCCCUUGGUCAUCUGGAAGAUAUAACGAGCGCACAUGGCACAUUACUAUUAGCAAGCUCAUUGUUUGUAUCGGUUUUGUCAUGGGAGUUUCGUCACUCAACAUGGGAGUUCGUUACACUGGCAUCAUGCUAUUCGUUGGAGCCACAUACGGUGUGAACAACUUGAUUCUGGGCUGGACCUCAUCAGUUCUUGGUCAAACCGACGAAAAGAAGGCAGUCGCCAUCGCCAUGGCCAAUACCCUCGGAAACGCAGCCAGCAUCUACACUCCCUAUCUCUGGCCAGACUCUGAUGGGCCUCGUUUCUUGCCUGCCAUGCUUGCUAGCAUCGGGUUCUCUAUCGGAGUUGUCAUCUGCGCCUGGGGAAUGAAGUGGGCUUUGAUGCGCACCAACCGGAAGAAGAGAGAGGCUGACCCUAACGCCUCAAACUUCUACGUCUACUGA